GAUUUUGACUGAAGAGGUAUGGAAUAAUUUACUUGUAUUUACAUUAAUGUUAAAUUAUAUAUGAAUUGUAUUACAAUUUUACUUGUAAUUAUGUUGGGUUCUCUAAUUAAGAAGCUUCAUAGUUCAAACAACUCGAAGGGGAAAGAGAAAUGUAAAGGAAAAGAGAAGAUAGUGGAACAUCUUGAUUCCACUAAAUCUUAUGAGAAAUUCAUUGCAGAGGUACUUGACAAGACUCAUAUUUCUCUUCAGGCCAUGUUCUUGGAAUAUAUGAGAGUAAAAGGUAAAAAUGAGUUUGUGAGGGUUCCUGUUAACCCAUCCUUAUUCUACCGAGUUCACAUCUACAUAACUUCCGAAGAUGUCAUACAAGUGGCCACCCAAGAUGAACUUACGGGUUCAGCUAUGUUAUUUGGACUAAGAUGCAUUUGGGAAAAUUUAAAUCAAAGACAAAAAGAGUUAUACAAGUUUUAUGAUGUCGAGCUUCUUAGUUAUAACAAUGAGCAGGACAAGGUGAUAGCCAUCAAUCAAUUAUCAAUUUGGUUAAACACUAUGACUCAUGUAGGACAAUAUUAUUUUAUACCAUGGAACAUAGGCAAGCAUUGGAUGUUGAUUAUAGCAAUGACAUCGGGAAGAGUUGUAUUCUUAAACCCGCUUAAAUCUAAAAUCCCGUCAGACAUUGCUCAGAUGAUAAAGGCUGCAUAUGCAAAUAUUAGUUCAAAUGCUAUUGUAUUUGGCAAAAAUAGACCGGAGAUAUGGACCUUUGCUUGUCCAAAGCAACCAUACAAUUACGAAUGUGGUUACUAUGUACUAACUUACAUUCGUGAUAUGCUUCAACAUUUAAAUCCCAUUGAAGCCAUAAAAGCAAAAUUUGGCGGCCUAUCCCAAUAUUCUGAGGACGAUCAUCUCUUACCGUUUCGACAACAGUGGUUAAGUCAAUUGCUUCCCUUGAUAUAUAAAAAUUAACUAGUAGUCUUUUAUUGUAUUUUUUUAGACAAUGCGUAGUAUUUAAUUUAGAGAUUUAUGCAUAAUAUGUAAAGUGUUAUUUAGAAUUGAACUUACAAAUUAUUAUUGUUGUUAUUAAAAAUGAUAUUAAUCAUUUAUUUUAAAUUAAGUUUUUUUUAUA